AUACUACCAAUAUAAUAAGCAUUACGCCCUCUUAGCAGCGCAGUGAAUACACGUACCAACGUUACUUCACGCAAAAGUGAAACAUUCGACCACAGUAGAGUAAAGGUGCAUUACUAGAAACAGAUAGUGUUGGCACUGAAACAAAAUGAGUUCAAAAAUAUUUGUCGAUUGUCGAACAUUUGUAAUAACCAUUAUUACUAUUUUCUUUAUAUUUUAUCUUUACCUUUCGAAAUUUUCUUUCUUUAUAAUGACUCAACAAACAUUAAAUAAAACAUUCAUCAGUACUACGUCAUUCAGAUUGUUAGGGGUUUCAAUUACAGAAAAUAAUGACAUAGGAUAUUAUAGAGAAUCCCCCAGAAAUGUUUCCGGUAUGUUUAUUAAGGAGUAUAAACAACGGACCUAUAUACGUAACACAGCAUAUUUCUUGGGUAAAAGAAAUGUUUCCUUUUUUAACUGUUCAAGGCUGUUUGAAAGUAUAGUCACAUUGAAUGACACAUUAUACGACAAAUUUCGGAACGAAAGGAAAGUAUCUACCCCUCAAAACUAUAUUGAAAAUACUCGGAACUGUUCAUCUUUCAUCACUGACAGAGGCUAUAUAACACACCAUUUGACAGCAGAGGAACGGAACUUUCCAAUAGCAUUUAGUAUUCUUAUGUAUAAAGAUGUAGACCAAGUUGAAAGACUUUUACGUGCAAUUUAUAGACCACAAAAUAUUUACUGUAUUCACGUUGACUCUAAAACAGAUGACACGCUAUAUAGAGCAAUUAAAAACAUUAGCCAUUGUUUUGACAAUGUGUUUGUUUUAAACAAACGAGUUAAUGUUAAAUGGGGAGAAAUGUCCGUUUUAGAGCCGGAACUUUUGUGCAUGAAAGAAUUGUUGACCCGGAACAAACGUUGGAAAUAUUUCAUCAAUCUGACAGGGCAGGAAUUUCCAUUAAAAACUAAUUAUGAAUUAGUUAAAAUUCUACAAGCAUAUAAUGGUUCGAACGAUGUGGAAACAUCAGUAAGAGAUUUUACAGAUAGAUGUGUAAACAAAACAUCAGCACCUCAUGGAAUACGUGUUUCUAAAGGAGCCGUGCAUGUGGCCGUAAGUCGUGGUUUUGCCAAGUUCGCAAUAUAUGACCAGAGAGCACAUGACAUUUUGACAUGGAUGAACAAAUCAUGUUACAUACCGGAUGAAGCGUUUUUCACCACACUGAAUCAUAAUCCACAUCUAGGUGUACCAGGCGCUUACAAAGGUCAUCCUGAAACGACUGCAAUGGAAGACAGCAGAAAACCGUAUCUAGCACGUUUCAAAAAUAGAGAGCGGCCUAGUAUAUAUCAUUUCACUUGCCGUGGAAAAUGGGUAAGAGGCAUGUGUGUCUAUAGUUACAAAGAUCUGCCGUUUCUGAGGAGUCGCAGAGAACUGUUUGCAAAUAAAUUCCAUUUACACACAUUUCCUGUUGCAUAUGAGUGUAUGGAGGAACUAAUAUUUAAUCGAACACGUGACGAAUUUCAAGGAAAAAGAAAGUUUAAUGCAAGUUGGUAUUCUUCUUUUGAUUUUGUUACAAAUAAAGUUGAAUAAAACUCU